CGGUUUCGCUGAUCCAAAAUGGCGGACGCACAAGGCCCCUCACAAGGCGAGAAAGAUAAGAAAGGAGAAGGUCAGCCAGUGAAGUCGUCAGGUGCCACAGAAGGAGGAGAAACUGGUCCUGGUAGUGGCCAAUCAAAAAGUCAGCAGCAAGGAAAGGGAGGCAAACAACAAAAAAGUGGCAAGAAACAACAAAAAAAACAAAAACAGAAGCAGCAGCAACAGCAACAGCAACCUCAACAACAACAACAACAACAACAACAAAAGGCUGGUGCACAGCCCAGUGGAGGAAAGGUUGAUAAACAAGUGUCUGGUAAGGAUGAGAAGCCAGCCACGCCGGGAGGUGAGGUUAGUGAACAGCCACAGAAGACCAAGGCUGAGCUAAAAGCUGAGAGAAGAGCUGUUCAGGAAGCGCAACGAGCAGCAAAGGCUCAAAAACAAGCAGAAGCUGGAAUAAAACACAAGACAAGCACUGAUGGAACUAAUCGUAUGAAAGUGGCUCAUGACCUUCAAGCUGAUGAUGAGAAGGUCCAAAAGAAAGUGGCCAAGAAACUGGCAAGACAGCAGGUUCCCCAGCGAACAACACCUCAAAAGAAAGUUGGUUUAUUUUCCCAUCUGCAUCAAUAUGAAAAGGAUGUGUCCUUAACGCAAGAAAUAAGUUUUGGGGGAUCAGGGAGUACCCCCAUUCACCCAGCUGUCAUCAAACUUGGCGUGCAGUAUGCCAAAGGAAUAAUUUGUGGAUCGAAUGCAAGAUGUGUGGCUUUACUUCUGGCUUUCAAAAAGCUAAUUGCUGACUAUGUUACUCCCCCUCAAAAAGAACUCUGCAGGGACUUGGAUGCAAAAAUUAAACCAAAUAUAAGUUUCUUGACACAGUGCCGGCCUCUGUCAGUCAGCAUGGGUAACGCCAUCAAAUAUCUGAAGCUACAGAUCACUCACACUCCACCAAACAUGGCAGAAGAUGAGGCAAAGAAGAAUCUUAUCCAGAGUAUUGAUAAGUUUAUCCAAGAAAGAAUUAUUUUGGCUGGUGUAGCCAUCUCUGAGUCAUAUGCAAGAACCAAGAUCAAUGAUGGUGAUGUGAUACUCACAUAUGCUUGUUCCUCGUUGGUGUUGAAGAUUUUAAAAGAUGCGCAUAAUGCUGGGAAAAAAUUCCGAGUGGUGGUUGUUGAUUCGAGACCAAAGUUUGAAGGACGAGAAUGUCUAAGGAGGUUGGUGAAAGAAGGAAUCAGAUGCUCCUACGUGUUGAUCAGUGCUAUCUCGUACGUUAUCAAAGAGGUAUCAAAAGUCUUUCUUGGUGCUCAUGCCCUGCUCGCCAAUGGCUACGUCAAGUCACGUGUUGGCUCUUCCAUGGUGGCGAUGAUGGCCCAGGCCUCCAACGUCCCAGUGCUGGUAUGCUGUGAGACGUACAAGUUCUGUGAUAGAGUUCAAACAGAUUCUUUUGUUUCCAACGAACUUAGUGACCCGGAUGAUUUAGUUCCUCUAGACAGAGAAAGCCCGGAUGUACUAUCUGAUUGGCGAGACGUCAACUCACUUCACCUUCUAAACUUAGUUUACGACGUCACUCCUCCUCACUUUGUUUCCAUGGUGAUCACGGAAGUAGGAAAGAUUCCCUGCACGUCUGUGCCAGUCGUUCUUAGAGUCCAGAAUCCAGAGCAGUAGUAGGACUCUUUGUGUCAUUAAACUGAGGCAGGUUACGUACUUGAUCUUGUUAGCGAGAGUUGUCGAGGACACGGAUUUUGUUGGAAAAGUUAACAAGCAACGGAACACGUGACGUGAUGGCAAUUGGAGAGGUUAUGCUGCGUUAUAAUUAGUUGACUUAAAUCGGGACUCUUCGGCUCUUCUUCGGAGACUCAAGUUUAUGGUACAUUUUCUCGACAUAAGCUGUUCGUUUGAACGCGCGCAUGGCAGAAUCUUAUUGGAUUACACGUUUGCCAUGUUGGACCUGA